UCUUGAAGGCAGCCGCGACGACUGAAUCGCCGGAUCACCAUGGAUACCACAGCCACGCACUUCACGCUGGCGCUGCUGGCGGUGCUCACACUCACGCUGCCUUACGUCUACAGAGGCGGCGGCGGCGGUGGAAUCGCUUGCUGUGCGAAGGCGGUAGUUGUGAAGGCGUUGUUUGCGGAGGCGGUGGCUGCGGCGGCGGUGUUUGUGGAGGCAGUGGACGUGUAG